AAAUAUGAAGCUGGUUCUAUUAAUAGCUUGUGUAGCCUUGGCACAUAUCAACGCCCAAUGCAUCAAGCCUAUAACAUGCAAGCCAUACCCCGCAGUUACCUCCAUACUCCAACCUACCUGCGAGAUCCCAGCCAUUGCGUUACCAUCAUGUAACUGCCCUACCAUUCCCAGUCUACCAGUGUCACCAUCCAUCCUCCCAGCGAUUAACGCGCCACUUUUUGGGGCACCUUUCUUACCCGGUAUCGCGCCUUUAGGCUUGAUUAACCCGUUCCUGCCGCCGGCUUCGCCUAUAUCAGCGUUGGCGCCUACUGUGUCGUCGCUAUACCCGCCUGUUAACCCGUGCUAUUGCGGCUGCAAGUAUUUGAAGAAGAUACCUAUACCGCCGCCAUGUUUGUAGUGUUUUU